AUGGCUACCCCGCAUCACAACAACUUCAGUGAACCCCCGAAGGCUUUGACAUUCGAUGUAUUCGGCACCGUAGUCAAUUGGAGAAAGACCGUCACAGACACUUUGAUUGAGAAAUCUACGGCUAAGCUCUCAUCAGGGUCGGACAUCCCAUCUUCAACUCGCGAAGUGGCUUCUAAAUUAAGCAAUGAAGACUGGGGAACUUUCGCCCAACAAUGGCGAGAUACCUACAAGGAAUUCGUCCACGGCUUCGUCCCCGGCGAAAGCGAAUGGAGGGACAUAGACACCCAUCACCACCUCGCGCUAAUCUCGCUCCUCAAAAAAUGGCAAAUCCCCGACCUCUACACCGACGAGGAAAUCAAAAACCUAAGUCUAAUCUGGCAUUUCCUCGAGCCAUGGGCCGAAACUUCAUCAGGUCUUCACAAGCUAGGCACGAAAUUCACCACCUCAACCUUGUCCAAUGGAAAUCAAUCACUCCUGCAGGAUCUAAACCAUCAUGGCGAUCUGGGGUUUAGGAAACUCCAAUCUUCUGCUGAUUUCGCGGCGUAUAAACCGCAUCCUUCCGUCUACCGCGGCGCGGCCAGAGUCUUGGGGUUGGAGCCGAAAGAUGUGGCGAUGGUUGCCGCUCAUUUGGUAGAUUUGAAGGCCGCUAGGGAGUGUGGAUUUAAAACUAUUUACGUGGAGAGGUUGGGGGAGGAAGAUUGGAGCGCGGAUUCCGAGGAGUACAGAGAUUCGAAGGCGUGGGUUGAUAUGUGGGAGGUGAUACGUACCGGGAUUGGACGCGAAAUGGCUUGCGUCGUGAAACGAACGGGUCUCCUUUUCAUCUGUGAUCGUGGUACCGAAUACCAAAACGGUUGUGCUUUCCGGCUCGGAACGUGGUUGGAAGAGACAAAGGGGGAAGGAAAGGAGACAAGACUGUCAAAACCGUGA